ACUGGCUCAAACUGGCCGACUCUUCGUUGAAAAGGAUGCUCCUUAUAAUUUACACUUAUCCUUUGAACCGUGACCUAAAGGAAGCUUGCCUUACUCACUCGAAGAGUGACAUAACCAGUAAACAGAAACUCAAAGAACGCGCAUUUUAAACCUGAUAUCAUCGAUUAACGAGAAAACAGCUCACAGCUCAUUUCAUUCAGUGAGUGAACCGCGCGGUGCAGCGUUCAAUUGUUUGUCACGACACAUGUGCGAAGUCUCGCCGAAGCUUCGACUGCGUCCUCCAUGUUACGAAUCAAAUUUAAUGUCAGAUCGACGGCAGAUAGAAGAUCGGAUCAGGUCCAGGGACAAAAUGAGGGCCAUGCGAAGGGGAAUAGACCGGCUUUGGUCGUUCGCUCCUUGCUGCAGUCUUUCCUCAGAGGCCUUGGCCGCUUUAUACAGCGAAGAUGUGGAACUGUAAUUAUGCUUGGUUUCCUUCUAUUGAUCAUAUCAGCGAUCGGAUUGAUCAAAGCAGAAUUGGAAACAAAUGCUGAGAAUCUGUGGAUUGAAGUGGAUGGUCGCCUGGAAAAAGAGCUAUUGUACACUAAAAAAGCCCUUGGAGAAGGCUAUGGUGGCACACAUGAACUGCUGAUUCAAACGCCAAAUAUCAAAGGGACAAAUAUCCUUUCUGUGCAGGCCAUGAAACGACACUUGGAUGUUUUGAUGAGAGUUACAAAUAUAUCAGUGGAAUUGUUUGACCAGACAUGGACACUGAAAGAUAUUUGUUAUACUCUAAGUCUUCCACCAUUAGAUGAUAAUAUGGGACUUGACAGUAUUAUUCAGCAGCUUCUGCCCUGUGUCAUAAUAACACCUCUGGAUUGUUUCUGGGAAGGAGCAAAACCACUUGGUCCACACAACAAAGUGAACCUUGGGUCAACAUUCCCUGACAUCAAGUGGAAAAGUUUGAAUCCCAUUGAAUUAGUAGAACAUAUAUAUGAGUUUUAUCCAUCAAUGAAUGAGAAGUUGAUGGGACUGCUGAAUGAGGCUGGAAUAUCAAGUGGUUAUAUGAAGAAACCCUGCCUUGACCCAUUUGAUCCAGAGUGUCCCCAUACAGCACCAAAUUACAGGAAGGAGAAACCAGAUAUAGGUGUAGAGGUGACUGAUGGCUGCCAGGGAUUUGCAACAAAGUAUCUUGAUUGGCCUGAAGAGCUCAUUGUAGGGGGAGUGACAAAGAAUAGAACUGAUUUUGUCAGAAGUGCUGAGGCAUUGCAGAGUAUUGUUUUGUUGAUGGGUAAACAACAAAUGUUCACUCACUGGCAUGGAGCAGCAAAAGUCCAGCACUUAGAACAGCAGUGGUCAGAAGAUGAAGCUUCUCAAGUUUUGGAAGCGUGGAAGCGCGAGUUCACAAAGACAGUCAACUUGGUUGAUCAAAGUGGAGAAGACUCAGAGGUCCUAGCUUUUUCUUCCACUUCGUUUAAUGAUCUCCUGAAGGACUUUUCCAAGACAAGCUACUCCAAAGUGGCAAUUGGCUAUGCACUUAUGCUCUUAUAUGCAUGUGUAACCCUGAAACACUGGACCAAUGCAGUAGACUCUCAUGGUGCUCUUGGUUUUGCUGGUGUCCUGUUAGUGACUGUGGCUGUUGCAUCAGGGCUUGGAUUUUGUUCUUUUGUCAAUAUCAAAUUUAACGCUGCUUCCACCCAGAUCUUGCCAUAUCUUGCUUUGGGUCUGGGAGUGGAUGACAUGUUCCUGCUGGCUCACACAUAUGCAUCUACCAGAGAUAAAACCAAAGAACCAGCAGCAUAUUGCCUUGGAAGCACAGGGGUCAGUGUAUUCUUGACCUCUUUUAACAAUAUGUUUGCUUUUUUUAUGGCGGCACUGAUACCGAUUCCAGCCCUGAGGUCAUUUUCUUUACAGGCUGGCAUUGUGGUCCUGUUCAAUUUUUUUGCUGUCAUAGUAAUAUUUCCUGCUAUGAUAGUGAUUGACAGAAGCAGAAGGAAAAGUGGCAAAUAUGAUCUGCUCUGCUGUAUUGAAAGGAGGACAGAGCCUCAGAGAAUUUCGAUAACACCCAGUACAACAGGGCAUGACAGUGAUCUUGUGCUUCACCGGUAUCACAACUCCUGCAACUCUAUGUCAGACAUUUCUGUGCUGCAAGGUCUUAGUGGGACAGUUAUACUUCCUGGUAAUAUUCAGGCCACUGCGUCACAGACACUGCAUUUCCCUAAUGUGGUGACAGUUCAAGCAUCAGCAUCAGCUGAAGUGGGUAACACCCCUUUGACAGAACGUCUGCGACACAAGAGGGGUUGUCCCAGUAGAGAUAGACAAAUGACAGAAUCAAGUGAUUUUGAACUGUCAGCUUUGGGUAAUAUACGCAGUAGUAAUGGGGUGGGUAAUGCAAAGGCUAAAGCCGGUGCUUCAGCAAAUGUCGUGCAAGUUCAGUUGGGCAGAUCCUUGGAUACAGAGCAGCAAGAUGGUCAUGAUUUUAACACCAGGCCUUCUAGUCACCAAGGUCUUAAUAAAUCAUUUGCAAUCUACUCAGAACAAACACCAGCUGACAGUUGCACCUGUGGAGAGGCUGGCCCUGAUCUGCGAGGUAGAAGACGCACUUACAAGGGACAGUCAAAGGACAUCAUUGAUGAAAAUGCUGUUGUGUUAGCUUCCAGAGGGGAAAGCAAGAUCCGAACACUACCACCAACAAAUACACCAAGAAAUGUUCAGUUUCAGGUGUCAGCUAAUGCUGCAGCAAAUGGAGAAUCCACAGUGGCUACUGCUGAAUGUUCUUCAGUCCAAGACUUAAUGAGGACAAGGAGCUCAAACUCAAGAUCAUCCCCAGGGCUUGAUUCAAUGUGGAGGGCCUCAACCAAUCGAAGCAUGUCAGACCCAGAUUUAGAGUCAAACAGGUGGAAUAUGGUGAAAGAGAAGCUCCAGGUUCUGUCGUUGUCUUACUUUGCCAAAGAGUACUAUGGUCCAUGGUUACAAAAGAUGCCAGUCAAGAUUUCUGUCCUUUUUGUGUUUGCCUGUGUCUUUGCUGCUGGUGUGUAUGGCUGUAUGAAAGUAGAGGAGGGCUUGGAUUUGACUGAUGUGGUUCCACGGAAGAGCCCUGAACACAAGUUUGUGAAAGCGCAGUUUGAGUACUUCUCCUUCUACCAGAUGCAAAUUGUGACCAAAGGAGGCUAUGAUUAUCCUAAUGGACAGGAGCUCUUGCUCAAAUUUCAUGAGGCCUUCAAGAAGAUUGACAACAUCAUAAAAACCCCAGAGGGGGAAUUACCACUAUUCUGGCUCAUGUAUUUUAGAGACUGGCUCAAAGAUCUGCAGAAGGCAUUUGACAAAGACUGGGAGGAAGGAAGAAUAACUUAUGCAGGAUGGCACAAAAAUGCAUCUGACUAUGGAGUGAUGGCAUUCAAGUUGUUAGCACAAACUGGAGAAAAAGAGAUGGCAAACAAAUCCAUAGUUCGAAGUGUCAGGUUGGUCAACGAAGAUGGAAUCAUUAGACCAGAGACCUUUUACAAGUACCUGAUGGUCUGGUAUAACAUGGACCCCAUUGGGUACACUUACUCACAGGCAAAUAUCAGACCAGAACCAGAAGAGUCUUGGUACAACAAGAGGAGUACACAAGACUACAGUGCAAUGCGAGUUGAACCACCAGCACCAGUGAUCAACUUCUCUUACAUUCCAUUCAAGCUGAUCAAUCUCCGAGAGACAAAAGACUUCAUUCAUGUUAUCAAGAGUGUUCGUGCCUUGUGUGAAGAAUUUGAAAAAGCUGGUUUGCCUAAUUACCCAAGUGGCAUUCCGUUCAUAUUCUGGGAGCAGUACAUUUGGCUUGGGAAGCAUCUUAUGACUGCAGUUGCCAUUGUUCUGUCUGCAAGUUUCGUGGUUAUGGCUGUUAUUCUGUGUAACUUCUGGGCUGCGAUGCUGAUUGUAAUUGUCUUGGUGAUGAUAACAGUUGAAGUGUACGGCUUCAUGGGUUUGGCUGGUAUAAAACUCAGUGCUGUACCUGCUGUGACACUUAUUCUGUCUGUUGGAGUUGGAGUGGAGUUUACUGUACACAUGUGUAUGAAAUUUUUGACCAGUACGGGCGACCGUAACCAGCGAAUGCAGAGAGCUGUGGAAUAUGUUUUUUCUCCUGUUGUGGAUGGCGCCGUCUCCACGCUUCUGGGCGUCAUUAUGCUUGCAGGAUCAGACUUCGAUUUCAUAGUCAGAUAUUUCUUCAACCUGUUGGCGGCACUUAUCGUCAUUGGAACUCUCAACGGUUUGGUAUUUCUGCCUGUGUUGUUGUCUCUGGCAGGGCCUGGGCCUGAGAUUGAAGAGGUUCGCCCUCCAGGUACGGCUUCAUCUACUGCUUCCAACGGAGAGUUACUACCAAGCUCCACGUGUAGGCAGAGAACUCCCCGCUCCGACUCCGAGGUUUGUAUCAUGGAAACUAUCCCUAAACAACAGGAGAAGUCAUCAAGUUCCGGGGGGAGACGUACGCGUCAUAAGAGGAUUCCGCAUAAGAGCAACAGGCGUUCAAAUCGGAGCAGGACUCCCACUGUGGAUUCUGAUUCGUCAAGCUCGACUGUGACUCGUGUUACAGCUCGGGCCACGGUCACAGUCGAAGUACAUACCGAGCAGGUUUCCACUGAGAGAUCGGCGUACCAGAAUUUCCGAAGUGGCGGUGCCCAAGCCGGGCCGAUCCGUAGUGAAAGGGAGAUUGACGAGGAGGAUUUGCAAGUAACAAAUCUGGAAGAGUACGAGGAUGAUGUGAAAAGAUAGGCGUCAGAAAACCAUUGGAAAUGUCAGAUGAAGGUAUUAUCUAAACUCCUUCCAUAGGAAAACACGCGAGACGUGGGUGCGUGGGUGAAGAGUGCGCGCGGCGCGAGUAACCUGCAGCAGCAUUGACCAAGAACGAGAAGUUGGUGCAGUUAUUCACCAAGAACUUCGUGACAUUUUUUGUAAAGAUAAAACCAGUAAAACCGGAUUUUACUGGAUUGUACCAAACUGUUAUUGGACAAGAAAGGGUUAGCUUUACGUUGGAGAUCUCAGUCUUAAUUAUUCUAAUUUAGAACCGAAUACAAACAUUAUUCGAAUUAUUUAUAUUUGGUGUACAAAGUUCGAAGGUGUAAUUAUGCAUUUACGUGCCAACUGGGCCCAUGUUAUCCUAUUAUAUCGUGUAAUCUACGUCUUGUGUAGAGUUUGCAGUAUUUAUAGUAGAAAAGUGGAGAAGAAGCGGUCACUCGCUACAACCUCGACUUAUAAAGAGAUGUUUGGUUAAUUUAGCCCGCUAUGUUCUGUAUCUACUGGAGCAGUAUGAACCCAGGAAACGUUAUAUUCAGUGGAUUAAAGACUUCUUUUUCGUUACCUCAGUGGAGGGUUUGAUGUGUUCGUCAUACUGUAGAAGUUGGUCACCAUCAUUUCAGCAGCUAAAUGCCCUCAUCUGGGGAUAUUCGCUGUUGGGGGUAUGUGGCUCCAACUUGUUAGUUUAUGGGUGAGAUUUUAGUGUGUUAGUAAAUCUAAGUAUACUUCACUGGAGGAGAUGUGAUUGAAACCUGAGGUGGUUGUCUUAAGCGUGAUAACCGUGGUUUUAUCGGGUCCGAUCUUCUCAAAUACCUUUCUUCUCGAAGUAGGAUCAAUGCCUCCUUUUCCGAACAGAGGCUGGUUGCCUUGGCGACGGCUGUGUUGACAAAGCGGUGUUCUCCUUCGUGUGAUUUUCUUAAUCUAGAUGUCGCACCUUACAAUGUCUCCGAGUUGUUUGCUUUCAUUAAGAUAGCACAAAGUUAAGUGCCUACAGUUUGAUGGUGAGGAUCCAGAUAUAGAGCGAUUUUCAAUGAAGUGUCCAAAGUAAUCUGGAAUUGCAUUGAUUUUGCUUUGCUUUGUGCCGUGAUUGGUCUGGAAACUCGAGCCUCCAUCUUAAACCCAUUACUCGCCUUUUUCCCGCGCACAAGGCAGUUUGCUUAUUCCAAUCCUGAACUCUUAUAUGCUCACUGCGAUAGUUUCCUUUGCUUUAAUUGGCUGUUGUGAUUACGAUGGGUUUAGUCUUAUGACGUUCAAUCGAAAAGCGCUCUAUAGGGUCGUUUACGUAGGUUACAUGCCAUUUUGUGAUAAGGGGUGGAUUAGCCCUAUGAUAUAGUCAAUCCCGUAUCAGUUGUAUAUCUUUUUUUAAAGCAGUAGCCCGUAAGUUAUUUAUUUAAUCCUUAUUACAUUGGAAUAGCUUUAGUAAUCAGUCUUGCUUCUUGAGGCGUUCGUACUCGAGGGACAUACGGGAUUUGACCCCUAAAGUGACAUCAGGGACUCCCCGCUAUUAUGUGACGUUAUCAAAACGUACUGCCCAUGAAGUGUAAGUAGAAGUUCCUCGGUAGUCCUCAUUGCAGCAGUUGUUUGUUUGUGUCACGACGUGACAUGACGCUGGUGCAGGGAGCUCUUAGCGUAAUCGGCAUAAACGAAAGCUGCGAAAGAGGUUACUGUAAGGGAGAAAAGAGUUGAACAAAGAACAUAGAACUACUGUUUACUAAAGCUAACACUUAGGUCGAUUGUUUAGGACUCCAGACGGCAUAAUCUGAUAUACCGGUAUAUACACGAAGUAUUAUCCCGUUCGUCAUUCUAGUCGCUGGCCAAGAGUAUUGAGUCAUGGGCCAACGAACAAAUGUUAAAUUAUUAUCACUGAUAAACACUGUUGGAUAUUUAAUGAAUAAAGUUUCGUUGAAUCUUA